CACAUCACUAUUUAAUUAAUCGCCAUGAAGUUGACAACAUUGCAUUCCGAAGACACGGAAUACUCGGCCGAUUCUGUGGAAUGGUGUACAUCGGAUGAGACUUAUGAUGGUUACUUUGCCUGCGGUACAUAUCAGCUGGUUGAGUCUGAGUCAGAGUCGGAGGAAGCAGAGGCACCUAAAGCGAAUCGUCCGCGAAAGGGACGUGUUUAUUUGUAUGCAUUCGACAGGCACAACGGUGACCUGGAAAGACUGCAGAGUGUGGAGACGGCAGCGAUAUUGGACAUGAAGUGGCUGCCAGCUUGGAGCUGUGACAGUGGUCCACUGUUGGCCACAGUUAAUGCAGUGGGACAGGUGGAAAUCUAUGAAUUGUUGCACUCGGAGCGACAGUUGCAGAAGCGCACCACUUUCGACCUGGGCACAAAGACAGACAGUGGUGUUCCAGCCCUGGCAUUGGCGCUCGACUGCCAACGUUCUGCCGACGGCGACUGCGACGCAGCGCUGCUGCUCGUAUCGGAUUCGCUGGGCAACAUACAUCGGCUGCAGUACACAGUGCAGGGUGACCUACAGACUCUGAGUACCUGGCAUGCCCACGGAUUUGAGGCUUGGACGUGCGCCUUUGAUCGAUGGUCCACACAAUGUGUUUACAGCGGCGGCGAUGAUUGUCUGCUGCAUGCAUAUGAUCUGCGCAGCGGUACGACCAAACAGGAGCGCAUCUGGACGAAUCGGGCACAUGGCGCCGGUGUCACCUGUCUGCUGAGUCAUCCGCAGCAUGAGCACCAGCUGCUCACUGGCAGCUACGAUGAGCAGUUGCGUCUCUUCGAUACGCGCUCCAUGAAACGCACUCUCGCCGAAUUGAAUUUGAACGGUGGCAUUUGGCGCCUCAAGCCGCAUCCGCAGCGCAGUGAUCUAAUCCUUGCCGCAUGCAUGUACACGAAUUUUAGCAUUGUGGAUUUGAAUAACUCCUCCGAUUCGAAUGUUGCGCUUACUCUGCUACAAACCUACGAUGAGCACUCGAGCAUUUGUUAUGGUGCCGAUUGGGCGCCAAAUAUCGAAAAGCUGGAUGUGUCGGAGGAGGGAGCAAUGUCAUCCAAGCUGCACAUGGCAACCUGUUCGUUUUAUGAUCACAAACUGUGUGUAAGCAGUGUCGAGGCUAACUUUUAAUUGUUAAUAGUGAACUAUUUAAAUAUUUAAUAAACCGGGAUAUUGUCGAAAUAAGAUGUAUCGAUAGAA